GUCCCCUGCGCAACAUCUGCACGGCACGGUCCCGCGCUGCGCGGCGGCCGGAUGCGGGUGACAGGCUGGGAGUACAAGGCGGGUGCGACGGCGGGUGCUGCGGCGUGCGGGUUUGAAGGCUUGUGCGAUGAGCGGAAGUCGCGAGGGCAGGUCAGUGUGGAACGGGGUUGAGGGUGUUGCUUCUGGGUGGUGAUGAGAUGGGGAGGGAGGUAAGUCAGGGGGGGGGGGGAAGACUGAUUCCUGUCUGCUCUGUUCUCCGAACUCUUGUUCUGCCAUUACCAUCUCCUUGCGCCGUCUCCUACAUGGUAUCAUGGUACACCAUCCGAUGUACCGCCUGUCUCGCACCACCCGUCACGACACCACCGCACCAGUCACGCCUACUUGGGAUCGUACUUUGGCUUCCAAAUCCUGCGAAACAGUCAGCCCACGCACCGCAAAUCAUCGUCACGUCACUGCAGCAACGCCAAUAAACACGCGGCGACCGCGCCAGCCAGCCCGCAAGGCUCUUUCAUCGCGCCCCGCCCAAAACCCAUCUCACCUCGCCCCGCCUGCCCAUCUCACACAAGCCCCCUGCGCGCACCCGGCGCACCCUUCGCACGAACCACGCGCCGUCUUCGUCAGCGGGCCGUCAGCUGCGGCUCGCCGCACACCCUCAGCGACGCGCGCCAGCAGCGACGUGCCACGUGUACGCCGCGCUACCGCAUUGGGCGUGCUACGGUCGCGAGGCGUGGCGGCGCGGCACAUGAGCAGGCUGAGCAGGCUCGUGGGCUGUAUUGGACUAGGUGAGGUGUGGCAGCGCCGCGGCACGCGAUGAUGCGGGAGCGUGGUGGGGCGCCGUGGUGCGGAAGGGCAGGGCCGGGCCUGGGCGCUAGUGAACCACUGAAUGAGGAACUGGGUGUGCGGGAACAACAACCAUGCCUUGCAGUCUCAACGUCCCUGCCUGGAUAGCAGGCUCGCAAGGAGUUGUUGCCCACCCCCACCCACGGCCCGGGCCAGGGCU